AUGCUGCCCUCGUCUCUGUCGACUCUGCCGACCCGGUCGGUGCCGUCGUCUGUGUCGUAUCCUCGGCUGCGGCACGGCUCGCAUCUCGACCUGGCGGCCUUGUCGCCGCUCCAGACCCUGCCCAACGAGGUCCUGACCUACAUCCUGCUCUACGUCAACGACUGCUCCGACUGGGUUGCGGCCUCGGCCACAUGCAAAUCGCUCUACGUGUGCACCCGCCCACUUAUCUACCGGGCGCCGCACUUUUUGUCGACGUUCUCAUGGGCUCAGUUCCACAUCUUGCUGGCCACCCACCCCGCCAAGCAGUACGGCAAGUUCGUCCAGGUCAUUGAUUUGUCGCUCAACUCCAAGCCCUCGAUCGACUCCGUUCUCAUCCCGGUGCUGCCGACUUCACUGGUAGUCAACAGCAACAAUCUGUCAUUGCUCCUCUACCGGAGCUAUUUCGGAGCCUUCCGCUCUCGCAACUUUCGUCUCUCGAGCGUUUUCCAAGCCCCAUCCCUCUUUCUGUCAAACAGCCCCAACGUCGCCAGCGGCAGCGCAAUGUCUGCCCACGCCACCCCGAUCAUUCCUCACAUCAUGCCAAACAUGUCGCUGCCCUCCAGCAGCACCGAUCCAGGCUUUUUUGCCGACACGUCGCCUAUCCUGGGACUUCACCCAUACCCGCCCACGUAUGCCUCCCAUAGUCACACGGCCUUUGACGCCUUUGACUGGUCUGUACCCGUCGUGGACGCAGCGGAGCCUCCCGAAGUGCCUUUGUCGGCAGGCAUCGACGGCGGAGUGCCCUUUGUCGAGCUCGAAGACAGCAUCAUCACGGUCCACACCUUUGGAUCAGCCGUGUCGGAUGUCGCACUGAAAGAACGAGACCGUCUCCUCAGCACCGUUGGCUCCCGGCAGUGCUCUCCGGUCGUAAAGGGAAUCGAGGUGUCGGCAUCCUCCCUUGUGCAGCUUGCCGAGAACUGCCCAAAUCUCAAGGUGCUCCACCUCGGAGACUGCAUCGUCUCCUCGGACGUCUACAUUGUCGAGACCGGCGAAUAUCUCUCGGGCAUCGCCUAUCGCGUGCAGCCCUAUCUCACUCAAAUUGAGAUCUCUCCCGCAGACGGGCUGCUCGCUGUCGCCGACAACUGCCCGCAUUUGAUCUCGAUCGAUCUCAGAGGCGCUCCCUGGGUCACCGAGAAGCUGGUGCGCUAUCUUGUCCAGCGACUCAAGCAACUGCGGUGCCUCAACCUCGAGAGGUGCAUGACUCUCCGCAAGUCCUGUGGUCGGCUGUACUUAUUCAAGAAACACGACGACCUUGAAGCCGCAAUCGAAAAGGCCUUCCCGAACUAG